CAGUGACGGGGAGUAACCCAGGAAGUUGUCAACUCUCCUGGAUCAAGGAAGCAAUGCCAGGAUGAAUCGCUGCUGCGGCGUUCCAGUUGCUUCAAUUGAAGGAGAGGUGCUCCCUUGCAAGCUGGCCACCAUGACCCCUCAUCAAACGCACCAAGCCCCCUUCCAAGGACAGUAGGGAUUGACUCACGGCCCGGUCCCUCACUCGUUCAGCCCCGUCUCUGCUGGGGUGCGGCGAGGAGGGGCACACCUUCGUCAUCGCGUGAGCUCGACCGUAACCUGUGGCCUGGGGUCGCGCCAGCCCGGCAUUCAGACUGACUCUGGCCCCUCCACCCACCGAGCAAAGUACCCUCAGCCAGGUCCUUGCCGUUCCCCUCCCCAGUGUCCCGUGACCCCCCUCAGUCCUUUCUUUUCUCCCGUCUCGUCCCUCUCCCAGACUCCUACUUCUCUCUCCCUCCUUCAACACCACCACCGUCAUCUCUCGUCUGUGCUGCAGAUCAGCUUCAAUCGUAUCAAUCCCCCCGCAUUAUCCCCAAGGACCACACCAGGCUCUGGGCCUCUUGUCUCGCGACGUCCUACCUUUACGCCACCCACGCUCGCAACUCACACUUGCACCUCCCCUACCCCUCCCCCUCUCAAGUCGGCAAGAUGGCUGCAAACAAGACGUCCGCCGUUGCGGACGAACCCGUUGAUGUUCUCUUCGCCCUGCACCCCAAGUUCGACAUGCUCGACUUCGCCGGCCCAUUGCAGGUGCUCACCACAGCCUGCCACGACUUCAAGGAUCAGUCUUCCAAGGCUUUCGAAGUCACCAUUGCCGGCCUCGAGCCCAAAGUUCUCUCCGAUCAGGGCGUCCUAGUCGGCUCUCAAAUCUCCUUCAAGGAGGCGCACGAGCGCCUCGAGGAAUUUGAUAUCCUUGUCAUCCUUGGUGGCAACUCGCAGGAGGUGCUGGACAAGGAGCUCGAGCCACUUGGCCUCAUCAACGACUUUGCCGAGCUCCAGAAGAAGGACCCUGCUCGCGAGCGUACCGUCCUUUCUGUCUGCACCGGCUCGCUCUUCCUGGCCCGCGAGAACAUUCUCUCGGGCUUGUCGGCGACGACUCACCCAGACUACAUGACCAAAUUUGAGAUUCUCUGCAGCGAGGCUGCCACCCGCAAUCUCACCGAGCGCACCGACGUCAUUGAGGACGCCCGAUACGUGGUCAACAAUCUUCGCUUCGACCUCGGCGACGAGGACGAAAACCCGUAUAUCCGCCGCAAGUCCGACGCUGGGCGCCGGCCCUCCAACGCUCGCAAAGGGAGCAUGUCAUGGAAGGGAUCCAACUCGCGCCGCGAGUCCAUUGCCCGCCGUGCGGCCAUGCGUCUCGGCGGGUUGCGGGUCAUCACUGCUGGAGGAAACAGCGCGGGUGUGGAUGCGGCUCUCUACCUUGUUAGUGUCAUGGUCGACGAGGAAUGCGCGGUGGAGGUUGCCAGGAUCAUGCAGUGGACCUGGAACAAGGGCGUUGUCGUCGAUGGCCUCGACGUUUAGACCGCUCAUGCCUGGCAGGACGUGCCAGGCGGCUUUUGGCGGCGGUCCACGCUCUAUUGCUUGGGCCGGACCUGGUGGCCGAGGGCCUGCCGCCCAGCCGUUGUAUGACUACAGGCUACGGCCAUAUUUAUUCUCAGAGCCCGCUCAAUGACUCAAUGUGUUAAUCGUCCUGUCAUUGUUCAACCUUUGCUCGCCGGCGUAGUGAUGCACGUUGUUCCGUUUUCUAUCCUACGCCCUCAGUUCCAGGCCUUGCCGCAACUUCAAGAUAUGCCUUCUAGCCGUGCACUCCAAAGUGCCAAGAAGUCAGGUUCUGCGCGGUUAGGUGCUGGGAAAGCACUUUCGCCCCACGAGCGGUCAAUUGAGUCUCGCCUACCGUUAUAGCAACAGCAGCAACAGCCGCGAUGGAGGGCUCGACAAUCGUAAUCCAUAGAAGCCACGCAUGCGUUGUCAAUGGUUGCAGUGAGGCAGGAACCUCUUUUUUGCUCUUCAAGGAGGCCGGCGAAGCUAGACUCCAUGCCACUUAUACAUGACGGCGCGCUCAUGAAGAAAACUCCGACUAAUGUUGUCUUUUUUAAUAUCAAGACUAGGCAU